AUGUUACGGUCCAUCAAGAGAAAGACUGAGGCCGUUCUUCGCAGACGAAAGAACAACAAGUCCAUCGACCAGAUAACCCCCGUCGACGUUGACUGGCCCAUUCAGAGCGAUUCAUACCCGCCGUCAACUUCUACGGAAGACCGCACCGCGACUAAUACAACCGAGCCGGAAGAGGAUCCCACGCCUGCUGAACAAGCGCUGCAGUUUCGGUUCAAACAAGACGACUCGAGUGUCCUCCAUACACCCGCGCUUGAACAAGUUCCUGCAGAGGAUCCCGUGGAGGAGGUUGACGUUCCGGAGCAGCCUGGGCUAGGCUCAUAUACGACCAAGUACGUUCCGUUUGUAGAAACCUCCGCCAUGCGGAACAACAUGUUUGUUCAUUCUGCCAAUUCGCACUAUGGGAUGGUUAACCCUGCCAUCAUGGGCGGCUUUGGAGACGACGAUGACGACUCCAUAUGGCUGGUGGACGACGAGGAGACCGAAGAAGAACCUGAAGCGGCAACAACGACGGUCAAGAGAGGAGAGGGUGAGGAAGAGGGUGAGGAAGAGGGUGAGGAGGAAGAGGAGGAAGAGGAUGUAGAGGAGGAGCUCGAAGAAGAGGAUGAGGAAGAUGAACCAGCUGUCGCUCUACCACCAACGAAUCAGUUUCCCCUCGUGUUAACUGCACCUGCACCUGCUCCAACGGCCAGCCCGGACGCCGGGUUCAGAUAUCGCAUUAAUCUUGCCUUAUUUGACGAUGACGAGUUUGCAGCCCCACCAAAAGAGACAGUCAAAGUUUUUGUGGACGAGGACGAGGACGAGGACGAGGAUGAGGACGACAUUCUGAAUCCACCGUCGCCUAGCACCGAUUCGACGGAGCUUUUGAGUGUCGAAAACGAAUCUCGACGCCCGGGUAGUAGCCAAGACGAGAUUAUUGCGUCCACUGGCUCCUCUACUCCUGCCACGAGCAACCCGUACGUCGAUCUCCUUGAGCAGCAAGACUCGGCCAUGACGGUGGCAUAUCAGCGCCGUCUGGACCUGUCUGGUAGACGUGGAGAUGAUGAAGCUGAUGAUUUCAGAGACCCCGGGACAGCUACUGUCCUGGUUACGCAUCAGCGUGUACCGUCGGAUCAUGACAGCGGUGAUCGCGAUUGCUCAAUAUGUACUGAUACCAAGGAAGACAUUCUCUUCCCCCGGUUUUCUCCAACAGCGUCUUGCUUACAUCCCCCCACGGCGUGUCUCGAGUGCUUGGAGAGGUCUAUCCGGUCCGAUCUGACAAGCAAAAUCUGGACAGACAUCAGAUGUCCUGAAUGCCGCGAAUUAUUAGAUUAUACAGACAUCCAGCGCUACGCCGAUGAAGAGACAUUCAAAAGAUACGAGACGCUUGCUCUCCGGGCUGCUAUGGCUGAGGCUGAAAAUUUCUUCUGGUGCACAUCUGGCUGCGGUUCUGGUCAGAUACAUGAGUCUGGUCAAGAUCAGCCCAUAGGAUUGACAUGCGACGAGUACGAUCAGCUGCUUGCUGACCCAGACAAUUUCCGCUCCAAGCUCGAAAUCGAUAACGAAGCAUGGGCGGCUGCGCAGGAGGCACAGCUCCAAGCCGACAGAGCCAUGGCACAGGGCCUACUUGAAGAAGAGAGGAGAGUUAGAGAGAUGAGAGAGAUGAGAGAACGUGAAGAGAGGGAGAGGACCAGGAAAGCCAUAGAGCUGGCGAGGCAAAUUGCGGCGAGGAGGAAGGCUGAAGAAGAUAUGAGCAGGGAAACCGUCGGGAGAACAACAAAACCUUGCCCCGGGUGUGGAUGGGCGAUUGAAAAGAACGACGGAUGUUCGCAUAUGACUUGCGUCAAGUGCAAGCACCAGUUUUGCUACGAGUGCGGUGCAGAUCAUAGACAGAUCCUUGAGAAUGACAACACUGUUCAUAAGGCGGACUGCAAAUUCCAUCCGAGCCAGUUGGAAGAUUCAGCUGAGUCUGAGUUGAGGGACGACGACGACGACGACGACGACGAUACUGAGGAGGGCGAUUUUGACGAGGGAGAUUUUGAAGACGAAGACGAUGAGGAUGAGGAAGUCAUUGUUAUUCGGGAUAGUAGGCGUUUUAAAUAA